CCAGUUUCCAUCCGCAAUCGCUGCGCUUUACCAAGGAGUGCGUAUGCCAAUCCCCUUAUGGGCGUCGAUAGCUUGCUGCGCGUUCCUGUUUAUGUUAAUCGAUAGCUUAUGUUAGAGGGCCGUUAGUGAUAUAUCAUUAUAGGCUCGCCAAUCGCUUUAAAGUCUGUGAAAACUGGGUUGCGGGGCUUCGACAGCCACAUCGGCAGCUCCUGCGGCCAGUAAGCAUGGCGCGGCGGCUUUGCCAGAGCGGCCACCUACCGACAACAAACCCCUCGAGGACUGGACCGUGCAGGAUGUAGCCAAGUGGUUCGGCACGCUCGGGCAGGAUGUGCAGAAAUACAGGUCCAACCUGCUGCCAGGAAAGGGCAGCACGGUGGCGCAAUGGAGCAAAGAAUACCUGAUCUCCCGCGGUGUCCGGGGUGAGGACUUGGCCUUGCUGCUUGCCUACCGCGACCGAGCUCUGGCACAAACUGGCAGCGCAGCAGCAGCAGCAGCAGCCGAUCCAGACGCUAAUCCAGAUGCUUCAGUAAACAAUGACAAUAACACGUCAUCGUCGCGCCAGGCAUCCGGCCAGGGCGACGUCGAACAGCAGGAGCAGCAGCAGCAGCUGCCGCCAUGGCCCUUUUCCGACGCUCUCGCCGCCCCCGGCCAGCUGCCGCUGCCCCCUGUGCUACGCAACGUGGGCACCCCCACCAUCGAGCAGCCGCACAUCACCCGCCACAACAUCUCCCGCCGCUCCGCCGCGCGCCCCUCCUCCGUGUCGCUCAUGUGGGGCCCGCUGGAAGGCGAGGCCUCCGAGGCAGCCCUCGCCAGGCUGCCGGAGGAGGGUGAGGAGGAGGAGGCGGCGGCGCGUGAGGGGGCCGGCAAGGAGGAGCAGGACCAGGACCAGCAGCAGCAGCAGGGGGCCAGCGGCCGCGACGGUGGCAGCGGCGGAGGGCUGAUGGCGAUGCGCUGGCGGCCGAGUGUGGUGGAUGUGCUGGCGAGUGAGGGGUAUGAGGUGGUGAAGCACUUGGACCCGGGCGCGUGUGCGCGUGUGUACUUGGCGAGGAAGCUGGCCACUGGGGACGAGUUCGCGGUCAAGGUGUUUGAGCUCGCCGAGCUGGCGCGCAAGAACAUUUUGUGCUCAGUGGCGGCGGUGGCGGCUGCGGAGGAGGAGGAUGACGACGAGAGUGACGAGGAGGAGGAGGAGGGCGUUGAUGAGGACGGUGGCCAUGCUAACCCGGGAGAUGAUGUCCAAGGCCAAGAGCCAGGCGGCCAGGAGGACCGGGGCAUCCGAGGAGAGGAUAACGAGGCCGCAGCGGGCGUGCGGGCCCCCGACAACGACAAGCAGCACGGAGAGCAGGAAAGUAAGGAGCAGGGAAGCAAGGAGCAGGACGAUAAGGAGCAGGGCGGUAAGGAGCAGCCCCGGAGUGAGGAGCCCGGCUUGGACGCCACUGAGAUCGCCCCCGCUGAGACCCCCGCUGACAACAGCGAAGCAACCCCCCCAGCCGCAGCCGGUGACAGCAGCAUGGUGUUGGCAGACAAUGCAGGUGGUGGUGGUGGCGGUGUUGUGCCGCCGCUCGCGGUUGACCCCCGUGCGCUGCGCCCCAACCCGCAUGUGGCCCGGCUGGUGCACUGGUUCGCCUCGCCGCAGCGGCGGGAGGAGGUGUUCCUGGUGGCGGAGUACGUCAACGGAGGGGACUGCCGCAGGCUGGUGGGACUGUUCGGCGCGCUGUCGGAGGUGGCAGCUCGGCAGUACUUGGCACAGGUGGUGCUGGCGCUGCAGUGGUGCCACGGCCAGGGGCUCACACACCGCAACCUCAAGUCGGCAAACAUACUCUUCGACUCGCAGGGCAAUGUGAAGCUCUCCGACUUCGGUCAGCGCCUGGAGUCCGAGGUUGAGAAACAGUACAGCAAGCGGAGCAGCGCCAGUGCCAGCAGCAGCCCCCGCCAGCAGCUGCAGCCGCAGGAGCAGCCGCAGGAACAGGAGCAGGGGCAGCAGCUUUCAGAGGAGCAGCAGCAGCCUGGGGAGGCUGGCAGCAGCCGCAGCGGCAGCAGCAGGGCUGGCAACAGCGGCCGGCCGGUGGAUGUCGCUGCGGGCUCGGCUGAUACCGGGACUGCGGACGCCCCCACCACACGCCGCAGCGGCAGCAGCAGCGGCAACGGCAGGGGCUCGGCCACCGGCGGCAGCGGCAGCAGCAGCAGCAGAAGGGCCUCACUUGCUGAGGCCGAGGGGCUGAGGGAGGCCGGGUCCCGGCAGAGCGAUGCUGCCGCUUCUGCCGGUACCGGUGCCGCGGGGUGUCGCGAUGGCACCACACACGAUGAAGCUGCUGCGGGUGCCGUAGACCGGCCGACCUCUGCCACCCAUGCGACGACAGCCACACAUGCGGCGGCGGUGGGUGACAUGCUUUCCUCCGCGGCAGCUGCCUUGUUGGCUGCCGCUGCUGCCGCCUCCGCAUCUCCCAGGGCCAGCAGCGGCAGCGCUGGAGGCGGCAGCGGCAGCGGCAGCAGGAGCGGCAGCGCUCGUGAUGGCCUGGGUGACGUCAGCGGCGCUGCUGCUGCUGCUGCUGCUGGGGGUGAAGGUGGAGGUGACGGCGACAUGGGAAGCAUAGGCAGCCGCAACAGCAGUCUGGAGCACGGAGGGCAGCGGCCUGCAUCGGCGGAUAGGGUUGGCUCCGAUGGCGGCGGCGGAAGCUUCCUGGAGCGGUCGACGUCAGCGGCGUCAGCAGCGAAGGCCUGGUCUGCCACGGAUGGCGGCAGCCGGCCCGCUUCGGGCCUCUCAGCAGCCGCACAAGCGCCCUCGGCCGCAACUGGGAGCUGCAGCGACAGCACCCCUCCGCCGGUGGAAGUGGUCACCAGCCGGCCGCCUUCAGCUGCCGCCAGGCCCUCUCAGACCAGCUCGCGGCCAGCCUCUGCGGUGCCAGCCGGAGGUGCGGGGUCCUGCGGUGUGGGAGGUGCCGCUAGGUCUGCCGGUGGGGGCUGUGAGACGGCUGGCGGCGGCAGCGGCAGUGGCAGCGGUCAGCCCAGCAGCGUACGUGGGAGCGGCAGUGGGAGUGCGGCUGCCUCCUCCUCGGGUUCGGCUCUGGGUUUGGCCUCCAGGAGGCCUUCCUCAGCAGCAGCAGCAGCAGAAGCGGCAGCAGGAGCGGUGUCGGCGGUUCCAGCCUCGCCUUCGCCGGAUGUUACUGCGGUGGUGACCGCUUCGGUUGCCGCCAUGCCGGCCAAGGGGGCGGAGGUGGAAGCGGAGAAUGAGGAGGGGACGACAGCAGGACAUAAGAUCGCCGCGGCUGCGAUUGCGGAAGCCACUGAGGACGGCGCCACCGUUGACCCCGCGGCCGCUACCACCGCUCCAGCGUCGACCACCAGCAUGGACGCUGCUGCCGCUGCUGCUGCCGCUGCUGAUGCAGCUGCUGAUGCAGCUGCUGAUGCUGCAGACAGCGUCAGCGGCGCCGCUGCCGCCACCUCCGCGGUUGAUGCCGCUACUAGUGAUGCUGACGCAGCAGCAGUCGUUGACGAUGACGAUGAGGCCGCCGUGAACGCCGCUGCCGCCGCCGCCAUUGCUGCAAUCACUGUAGCUGCGGACGUGGCUGCGAAUGGUACGGCAGCCGCUACUGCCGCUGCCGCUGAUCAUAUUGAUGAGGCAGCCAACGCUGCUACUGCUGGUACUGAUGCUGAUGCUGCCGGUGAAGCGGCCGGUGCGGAUGUUACUUCAGCUGCUGAGGUGGAGGCGGCUGGGGAGGUAGGGGAUGGCAAUCUGGCCCAGCGUGCAGACAGAAAGGAGAGUGAGAAAGCACCGGGCGGCGACGAAGGCAGCUGUGAUGGCAAGGGUGAGUGCGAUGUCGCCCCCUCGGAUGUCAACACUGCAGAGGAGGAUGCCACUGAGACUGCACAUGCUGAUGCAACUGCUGAUGCGGAUGCCGUUGACGGCACCAGCCCCACACUAGUCUCCAUUGUGACCGGCGAUGAGGGCGCAGCGACAGUGGAGCAAGCCGCAGCAGAAGAGGAGCAGCUCCCAGGCGCACGACAACCCGACAUCACGGCUGACACAGCGGCAGCCACGAGGGCCGCCACCGCCGAUGGUGGCUCAGCUACUGCUGCGGCUGCUGCUGACCCCGCUGAGCAAGCGGAGGCAGAAGAGGAUACCGCCGCCGCUGCAUCCACCACGGUGGUUCCUGCUGCAGGCCCAGGCCCAGACUGCAGCCCUGCAGCCGCCGGGUCCGAGGUGACCCAUGGGUCAGGACCCACGGGUCCGCCCGACUACUCGGCACCGGAGCUGCUGCGUGGGGAGCCGCACGGUCCGGAGGUGGACUGGUGGUCGCUGGGAGCCAUCCUGUUCGAAUUCGUUACAGGUGCGCCGCCCUUCACCGCAGCUACGCCCGACGAAACCAUCCGCAACAUCCUCGCCUGCCGCAUCCACUGGCCGCUAGAUGCGAGCCGGCUGUCCGCCCCCUGCCGCGACCUCAUACAGCGCCUGCUGCACCCCGACCCGACGCAGCGUCUGGGCCACCGGGGCGGUGCGGAGGAGGUGAAGCAGCACCCCUGGUUCGAGGGAGUGGACUGGGAGGAGGUGAUGAGGAAGAAGACGGCAAGUAGGCCAGGGAGUGCCGUACAGCAGCAGCAGCAGGCGGUUGGUAGCAGGCCGGCAAGUGUCGUACCGCAACAGCAGGUGCAGGGCAGCCGACCGACGAGUGCCUCAUCCCAGCAAGAUGCGGGAGGUGCAGCAGGAGGAGCAGCAGCAAGCAGACAACCGCAGGAGCAGGAGCAGGAGCAAUCGCCCGGAAACCGAGUAGCCACCGCCGCCGGCAGCCGUCCGGCAAGUGCCGUACAACAGCAGGGUUCUACCAGUAGACCAGCUAGCGCCGUACAACAGGCUGCCAGCAGUCGUCCUGCUAGUGCCGUACAACAUGCCACCGACGGCAGUAGCAGCCGUCCUGGCAGUGCCGUACAGGCACAAGACCCUGGCAGCCGCCCUAGCAGUAGCGCCGGCAAGCCUGCAGGAGGGGCGCAUGCAGCUACUGAGGCGGUAGGCGGCGGCAGCAGGAGAGGCAGCCUAAGCAACAGCCGGCCCGGCAGCGCCGCCCCCCAUGAGCAGCAGGGGGUGGUAGCCAGCAGCAGUCGCCCUUCGAGCGCCGCACAGCUGCAGCAGCAGCGGAGGCUGGGCGUCGGGAGCAUGUCGACAGGCGGGGAAGGCGCCUUCAUUCGGCCGGCCAGCGGAUUGCGGCAGUCUUUGGAGCUUAGGAGCCCACGUGAAGGGAGGGCUGCUGCCGCUGCCGCUGCUGCUGUUGCUUCAGCAACAGGAGGAGGAGUGACACUACCGCAGAUUUCAAACAGCAGACCUGCAAGUGCAGGGGGAGCAGGAGGGGCAGCAGGUCAGAUGGGAGCAGGGGCAGCGUUAGAGCAGCAGCAGCAGGAGCGCCGUGGAAGCAGCAGGCCGGCUAGUGCUGCGUCGGUACGGCAGGAUGAUGCGGACGUCCGUACAGCUUCUAGUUCCAGUGGCGUGGUUGAGAGGCCGGCGGGCAGCGGCCGGCGGGUUAGCGGCGGGUUGGCGGCGGCGGCAAUGGCAAUGCUUCCCGAGGUGAUCGCUCUUGCAAAUGGAGGAGAAGGAGGCGGGGCGGGAAGUCGCAGGAGCUCGAGUACUGCGGGUUUGCAGCUGCCAGAGGUGCCGAGAAGCAGCGGCGGCGGCGGCGGUAGCCGGCAAGGCAGUAGCAGCAACGUUGCGGGAGGAGGGGUUGGGCAGUGGGGGGAUGGCAGCAGCAGGAGCGGCAGCCGUCGCAGCAGUGCCACCUUAAGGCAGGAGGCAGGCAGCAGGAGCAGUGGCAGCAGGGGGGCUAGCGGGGGGAAUGGGGCCCUGGGCUCGAGCGCGUUGGGGUGAUGAGAGAAGCAUUGGUGCUGGAAAAGGCGUGCUGGGGAGUGCGCGUAAGUGUGAGAGAGGCAAGGAGGAACGAUGGCUUGUGGAGUCGGUGAAAUUGAGGAUUUCGUGACAAUGUGGAGAACUGGCUUGGCUGUUGCUUUGACGGUAACUUAGUGGUGACGAGCGAGGAUUCGGACUGUUUGGAUUGUUGGUUGGUAACAUGUGACUUGCAGUGUGUUCAGGAGACUGUGGCCGCAGUGUGUGCGACGUGUGUUGACCCUUGCUUGCCGUGACCCCUCGACGUUUACCUGCAUUCUAUCCCGUACCUGCAUGCAAUACAUGCUGGGGACGGGAGACAUGGCAAACUAGACGACACGGUCUGUUGCAUGGUUGACCACACGUGAUCUGUUGUGCAGGUGUUGCUACACGAAUAUUCCAAUUCACAAGUUCCCACGUAUACUGCUGUUGACAGUUUGACGCUACUGGUACUUCCAUAAUUACAUGCAAGCAGGUUGCCAGCCCAUCCCUCGCGUGCAGUAUACCCCUACACGGUACUUAAUACCUUUGCAUUGUCCUGGCCACAUGUAGACCCUGUAAGCUUCCCUGCAACCGCAACAAC